GCUACUUGAUUGUGCGUAGACUAUUUCUCUUUUUCUCCGUCGCUCAUCUCGUCUCCGGAGAAGAAACCCUCGGGAGCUCUCCCCUGCUUCCGAUUAGGGUUUCACCUCCGAUCGCCCCAUCGAUCCGAUCGCAUCGCGAAGAGUACCCGCUUCUCUCUCUCUCUGUCUUUGUGUCUCAGCUGCCGCCGCCGCAGCCGCAGCCGACAUCGCCGGCGCCGGAGGAAGAGGAGGAGGAGAUCGGCGUCGCCAUACUGAUCAACCACUUUGUAUGGGUUCCAAAUCGGUUGAUGAUUUGCUGGAGACUUCUACAGAAGUUCAUUUUUCAGGACUUCAUUUAGAUGGGGCAGAGUCUAAAGAUUGUAAGGAGGAGCAUCCGACAACUUCAACAACAGAGAAUGGCCACAAAGAACCAUUUGUAAUAGGUGUUGCUGGUGGUGCAGCUUCAGGAAAGGCACCUGUGUGCAAUAUGAUAAUUGAGCAGUUGCGUGAUCAACGGGUUGUCCUUGUGAAUCAGAGAUCAUUUUACUAUGAUUUAUCAGAAGAGGAAUUGGCUCGAGUUCAUGAAUACAAUUUUGAUCACCCAGAUGCCUUCGAUACUGAAUACUUGCUUUCGUGUAUGGAGAACUUGAAGCAUGGGAUUGCUGUUGACAUCCCUAAUUAUGAUUUCAAAACUCAUAAAAGUAUAUUGCCACCGCGGAAGGUCAACCCUUCAGAUGUCAUUAUUUUGGAAGGGAUUUUAGUAUUCCAUGAUCCACGUGUUCGCGAACUAAUGAAUAUGAAGAUCUUUGUUGAUACAGAUGCUGAUGUACGGCUAGCAAGGAGGAUUUGGCGUGAUACUGCUGAGAGGGGUAGAGAUAUCAAAACAGUGCUGGAUCAGUACUCGAAAUUUGUCAAGCCUGCUUUUGAGGACUUCAUACUCCCGACAAAGAAGUAUGCUGAUAUUAUCAUUCCCCGAGGUGGAGACAAUCAUGUAGCAAUUGACUUGAUUGUGCAGCAUAUACACACUAAACUCGGUCAACAUGAUCUUUGUAAAAUAUAUCCAAAUCUGUAUGUCUUUCAAUCAACUUUUCAGAUACGUGGCAUGCAUACUCUAAUACGCGAUGCAAAAACUACAAGGGAUGACUUCAUAUUUUAUGCUGAUCGCCUGAUUCGCUUGGUUGUCGAGCAUGGUCUAGGCCAUCUUCCGUUUAAGGAAAAGCAGGUGAUAACUCCAACUGGAUCUGUAUACACUGGAGUAGAGUUCUCUAGAAGAUUAUGCGGCAUUUCAGUUAUUAGAAGUGGUGAGAGCAUGGAGAAUGCACUGCGGGCUUGUUGUAAAGGCAUCAAAAUAGGGAAGAUCCUUAUCCACAGGGAAGAAGGAGAUAACGGCCAGCAGCUUAUCUAUCACAAUUUGCCAAAAGAUAUAUCAGAUAGGCAUGUUCUUCUGUUGGAUCCAAUACUAGGCACAGGCAAUUCUGCUGUUAAGGCUAUAUCUUUGCUCCUGUCGAAGGGUGUACAGGAGGCCAAUAUUAUAUUCCUUAACCUCAUAUCUGCUCCUCAGGGAGUACAUGUAGUUUGCAAAAGGUUCCCGAGGAUUAAGAUUGUGACAUCUGAGAUUGAGUUUGGGCUAAACGAGGAUAUCCGUGUCAUUCCUGGCAUGGGCGAGUUUGGAGAUAGGUACUUCGGAACAGACGAGGAUUAGGCAAAAGACACCGAAUUCAGAAUAGACUUUUUUGUUCUGAGUGACAAUUGCGGUUAUAGGUAGCACGGUAUUUUUCGAGUGAUCUCUGUUCCUAUUUGAACUCCUUUUUGUUGCCCGUGUCGGUGUGUGCGCUUCAUUGUUAUCUUUCUAGACGCAAAUGUAAUAUGCCAUCCUCAUUUACUUACCUGAUUAAUUCGACUCCAACUAUUUGGGGAUUACAUGAUAUGUGUUUUAUAUUUUCAUAUAUUUCCCUAAGAAUAGAUUGAUUGUGCUUCA